CUUCUAUUCACUUCCAUGCACGGCCACAGCGUACGGCCAUAUGAACUCGUGUCUUGUGCCGGCAGCGCCGCUGCCGCCGCAGAUGCCCAGAAUCGAUAGUUGCUAUGGAUGACAUUCGACUGUAUGAUUCAAUAUCUUGUUUCGAUAUAUCGAAACCGUAGGAACCUCCCAAAUGUGGUCGUUUAAAUUUAAACUAUAUGAGAUUAGUGAACAUUUAUUAUCUUAUUGUGCUAUAAGUUAAUUUUUUAUGCGAAUUGUCUUGUUUUUUUUAUACACAUCAGUGACGUUUCUUCUAACCGUCCUAAAAUCAUCAUGGGUGAAGAUAUCAGGAGAAGGGUUGUAACAAGUUUUAGAAAUGCCAUAGAUUUUGAGCAAAAUAAUAAUGAUGUAGAAGCAUACCGCAAAUACUUGGAUGGAGUAGCCUUAGUUGCUGCAGCUUUACAACAGGAUGCAGAAUAUACAUGGGUUGCCGGAAACUCGAGUCUUUCUGACAAGGAAAGAAGAAGUUUGUUGGGUUUUGCCAAACAAAGUGUUGAUAGGUUAAUAUUUCUUCUUGAUAAACAAGAUCCAAGUAAUAUUUUUCGAGGCACAACAAAUGCAUCUGUGGAAAGCAAAGAUAACCUUGUCAGCAGUCCUCCAGCUGUCACCCAAAGCACUUCAAGAAGUGAAAGAAGCAUUUCCAGAGGAAAUUAUAGCCCAGCAUUGCAAAACACACUUGAGCAAGAUGAAGAUAUUUCACCCAUUGCCCGUAUGAGAAAAGAAAACAAUCUAUUGAUGACCCGAUAUGCUGCUCGUCUUCAGACAGCUUCUACAAAAUCACAACGUCAUAAUUUACAGUUGGAGUUGCAGCGUCGUCUUAUGGAAAACAAUGCAAUAGCUCAACAGCAACAGGAAGUAUGGGAACAACAGAGGAGUAAGGUCACUGAAUGGUGCCUGCAGGUAGCAGAUGAGAAAUUCAAAAUCAAAGAGAAAAUUGAGAAUGGAUCCAUUACAGAGGCUGAUUUUAAAAAGCAACGACUUUUUGCUGGAGCAUUGCAGUAUGAAGAGGAACAUUUAUGGUUGAAACGAUUAAAACAAGAUUUACUUUCAUCUCCCAAAGAUGAAAUACAACAAAGAGAUAUUGUUGCACAUGUGUUAAAUGACAAACUUCAUCCGCUUGGUAGUUUAAUGGGUCAGAUGCAACAUGCUAUUUUGAAUAAAAUUCACCCCUUAAUCAAGGUACUGCCAGAAUCUACAAAUUCUGCUGCACCACAAAUGAACAUUAAUAAAAGGAAUCCAAGAAUUGUUUCUCCAAGUGAAGAUGAGAGUUCAGCUGACAGGAAACAACCAGAAAGUGCAAGUCUUGCUAAUAGUUGCAUUACUGAGGAAGAUAUGAAGCAGGAUGUGAAGCUUCUGGAGACAUUAUUAUGUGCAUUGUAUGAGCCACUUACAACUGAUCCUGGUGCUAACAUUUUGACAGAAUUACUUCAUGAAUUAUAUUUUCCACCCAUUAAACCUGCAUUAAUUAAUCUGAUCAGACUAGGAAUAGCAGAUGUGGAGGAAGAACUUGUGUACCGGAUGUCUUUAGACAAAGAAAAUCAAGAACUGUUAGAAAUGGAUGAAGAGCUUGUGAGAAGUUGCUGCCAUGCUUUACACAGGCUUACUCUUCUUGGCAGUCCAUGUCAAAUGUUGGAUUCUCUUGCUGCAAUAUUAAAAACACUGGCAGUAUCUGAGGAUUCACAAGCAAAAUCCAUCGGAGCAGAUGACCUACUUCCUCGCUUAAUGACAGUUGUGAUGUCAAGUGGCAUGCCAAAUCUUUUAGCUGAAGCAGUUUAUAUGGAAAAUUUCAUGCCAGUUAACAGAGCCCUAGGAGAAGCUGGGUAUUGCCUAACAGUCCUCCAAAGUAAAGGUGGUGGUGAUGGUGAUGGUGAUCAUCACGAUGAUGAUGAUGAUGAUGAUGAUGAAGAAAAGAAAAUUUGUUCGUAG